AUUGGUAGCGCCUGCCGCGGUGGCGCACGGGCCGUGCGGGGCUGCGGCUGCGCGGCUGCCCCGCAGCCAUGGCGGACGAGGAGCUGGAGGCACUGCGGCAGCAGCGGCUGGCCGAGCUGCAGGCCAAGCACGGGGAUCCUUCUGGUGAUCCAUCACAACAGGAAGCAAAACAGAGGGAAGCAGAGAUAAGAAAUACUAUUUUAGCUCAAGUUCUUGAUCAAGCAGCUCGUGCAAGAUUAAGCAAUUUAGCACUUGUGAAACCAGACAAAGCUAAGGCAGUGGAGAAUUAUCUUAUACAGAUGGCAAGAUUUGGACAGCUAGCUGGAAAGGUAUCAGAACAAGGUUUGAUAGAAAUACUUGAAAAAGUGAGUCAGCAAACAGAAAAGAAAACAACAGUAAAGUUCAACAGAAGGAAAGUAUUGGAUUCUGAUGAAGAGGAUGAUUACUGAUACUGUAAAGUGUCUGCCGAACAACAGGCCUGGAAAAAUGCCACGUGCUGUUAUCAGUGAAAUGCAAGACCUGAAAACGUUUAUGCUUCUUUACUUUUUGAUUUGGGGGGGGAAUUUGUAUUUUGGUUUCUGGUUGUGUUUCAUUUGUAUUUGUUUUUUUAACGUAUAAAAAGGCUGACACAGGAAUUUGUCUUGUAAAAUAAAUAUAGGAAGGGGAUUUUAUAGCUUAAUUUUUAGUACUGUAAGAGGCCUGAGCAGGGGGGGUUCUCCACUGCUUCAGUACCAUGAGCAGUUUGCUGCCUCUUACUCUAAGCUAUACUCCCAGCAACUGCACAUACAGCUGUUGGACAUACUGUAACAUGAAGCAAGUCUAAAGGUCAUGUUGGGAACAGCUGCCCUCACUAGAAUUUAAGGACCUGCCUCUAGGCUCUAAUCACAGGUGUUAGAAACACAAUUCCCUGAGUCUUUGCAGGAGGCCUAUCCAGCAGCUCAAUGGCUCUCACCUCCUUACUGGAAAUUUAUGAAGUGAAUAUUUGGAUCAGAGGAGUGCAUAUCAGGGUCUGUAUAAAGAUGUUGUAACCAACAUACAAUCCAAGUAACAAAGCAGUCUCAGAAAGAAGCUGGUUAACUCUCACACCGCACUGGUCUGACACUUGCUACAGCACAUUAAGGCUACCUCCAUUUUUAUCAGAUGGCUGGAGUGUUUCUUACCUUGAACAAAAAAGGCCCCUUUCCCUAAACUUUCUGCAGCUCCUGCAUGCAUGAAGUAAAACUGAACUUGUGUGCUACACAGUUAUUGAAAACAUGGUUACAGAGAGAGGGAUAAAUGCUGUAAUGUGCUCUACCACCACACAGCCUGUAAUUUCACAGGAACACAGAUGAUCCAUAGUGGUUUCUGGAACAGAAUAAAGUUGUUUAAAAUGA